CGCUCGAGCAUUAUUUAUUUAUGAAAUCAGAAAAUAGUCUGUGAAUUAUUUACCAUUGAGAUCAUCCCUUCCAUGGCACUUAAAGAUUGACGGAUCAUGCAGUGCAGUGUUGUUGAACUUUGUUGGACAUUUGUGGUUUGGCACUUAGUACAUUUCUCCAAGCAUUCGUGGUGCAAGGUGUGCAUCAGCAUGCAAAUUAUAUUUUAUUUACUUCUUUGUUAAAUUUGAAAUGUGAUAUUUUCCACUUUGAAACAUUUCAGUUCUGUUAUUAAACUCCUGUAGGCUAUACCAGUCAAGCUGUUUUGUUUUGUUUUGUUUUGUUUUUUUCAUUUAAUGAUGUCUUAUAAUUAUAACGUAAGCAUACAAAUAAAUAUUUGGUUAAUUCUUAGAGCGUCUGGUUGGAGAUAUAAACACUGUUCUAUAGCUAACUAUAGUAUUUAAUGCUACAGAGGCUGGAGCAUAUUAUAUCUGUUUAUCUGUAAAGACUGUCACAUGGUCACACAUGUCUUGUGAACUGGAUUUCGUGAUUUAGAUUUAAAAAUGUCAUACCAUACGUUGGAGGUAAGCAUUGAUGCAUUUUAACUUAUUGUCUGUCAUGUAAGAUUUUUUUUUUCAUGCCAUGGGCAGACUACGAAGUAUCUUGUAAAUGUGAAUUUUUAUCUUCUUCCCUUGUAACAUCCUAAAAGUAUGUAUGAAACUACAGAUAUGUCAUUUUAUAAGCCUAUGCAUUGUUAGUAUUAUAUCCAUGUUUUGCAUAUGAGAGGCAUGAGUUUAUGCAGUUUCAUAAUUGAACUCUUAGUGUCGCUGUUCACCAGUGCAACCGUUGACCAUGGCAUUACUGUUUCUCUCCACCCUGUUCAUGAUGUCAUAUUCAAGACUGACAUAGCUGGCUGUAAAAAUCGUCAAUGGUGAGCGGUGCCUUGCUCUUUUGUCUUCUUAUACCGAACAUGAACUAGAUUUUGUACUGUCAUCUGUCCUUUACAUGUGGUUAACCUUCGAAUAGUUGUUUCGUUCAUUUACAUAGAGAGACAUAAAAUCUUACGCGCUGCUGCUGAGAUGUUUGGUCUUUUGUUCUUCGUGCUGAUGGCGCACACCGCUAAUGGAGACGUGAGCUAUUCUUUUCCAGAGGAGAUGAAACGCGGAUCUGUGAUUGGAAAUAUAGCAAAAGAUCUCGGUCUCGAUGUGAACAGACUUUCAACUGGUAAUGCUCGCACUGACACGGAAGGAAACAGAAAACGAUACUGUGACAUUAAUUUGAACACUGGAGAACUGAUCGUAGCGGAGAGAAUCGACAGAGAGGGGCUUUGUGGAAAGAAAGCUUCAUGCGUUAUGAAACAGGAGCUCGUGUUGGAAAAUCCUUUGGAGCUGCAUCGCUUUAUUCUUAAUAUUCAAGAUAUAAAUGAUAAUUCACCUUUAUUCAAACAAACUUUAAUCAAUCUCGAAAUGAGGGAAUCUGCAGUCAAAGGAUCUCGUUACUUAUUAGAUGAGGCCCAUGAUGCGGAUAUUGGUGUGAAUUCGGUGCAAACAUAUAUACUUCAAAACAAUGACCACUUUAUUUUAAACGUAGUUACUCGGGAAAAUGGAAGAAAAUAUGGCGAACUCAUGCUUAAUAAAGAGUUGGAUCGUGAGCAGCAGAAAGAGGUAACAUUAAUUCUCACUGCGGUAGACGGCGGGACUCCACCGAGAUCAGGUACUGUAGCAAUACACGUCACUGUGCUGGAUGCUAAUGAUAAUGCUCCAGUCUUUAGUCAGGCCGUCUAUAAAGUCAGUCUGCCUGAAAAUUCUCCUCUAGAUACUGUAGUGGUGACAGUAAUUGCAACCGAUAUUGACGAAGGACAUAAUGGAGAAGUGAUAUAUGAAUUUGGACAUCUGCCUGAAACCCAUAUGAAAACAUUUUCGCUGGAUUCAUUGUCUGGUGAAAUUAAACUAACAGGUCUCCUUGAUUAUGAGGAAGAAAGCUCAAUUGAACUGCCAAUUCAAGCUAAAGAUGGCCAAGGUUUAGCCAGUUAUUCUGCUGUGGUUAUUGAUGUUGUUGAUAUCAACGACAAUGUCCCUAUAAUUAUGAUCAAAUCUCUCAAAAUCCCUGUUCCUGAGAAUGCGUUACCCGGUACAGAGGUUGGCAUCAUUAAUGUGCAGGACAGAGACUCUGAGAAUAACGGACAGGUGCGCUGCUCCAUUCAGCAAAACGUCCCAUUUAAACUCGUGCCUUCAAUCAAAAAUUACUAUUCUUUGGUGACCACAGGUGAAUUAGACCGAGAGCUGCUCUCUGAUUAUAAUAUUACAAUUACUGCUACUGAUGAGGGCUCUCCGCCUUUAUCUUCCACUAAGAAUAUUCACCUGACUGUAGCUGACGUGAAUGAUAAUCCACCUGUAUUUCAGGAGCAGAGUUACAGAGCUCAUGUGCAAGAAAAUAACAAACCUGGCUCCUCUAUUUGUUCAGUAUCAGCUACAGACCCGGACUGGAGACAGAAUGGCACUGUAGUUUAUUCUCUGUUGUCCUCUGAUCUCAGUGGCGCACCGGUGUCCUCCUUUCUAUCCAUUAACGGAGACACCGGGGUCAUUCAUGCCGUGAGGUCGUUUGAUUACGAACAACUGAAAAGUUUCAAAGUGCUCGUGUUAGCCAGAGACAACGGUUCUCCUCCUCUGAGCAGUAACGUGACCGUGAGUGUCUUCAUAACGGAUGAGAAUGACAACUCCCCUCAGAUAUUAUACCCCUCUCCGGAAGGAAACUCCUUCAUGACCGAGAUGGUACCCAAAGCUGCGCAGGCGCGCUCCCUGGUCUCCAAGGUGAUCGCCGUGGACGCGGAUUCUGGCCAGAACGCUUGGCUCUCGUAUCACAUUAUUAAAGCCACAGAUCCGGGACUUUUCACUAUCGGUGUCCACAGCGGAGAGAUCAGGACGCAGCGGGACAUUUCUGAAUCUGACAACAUGAAACAGAACCUCAUUGUGUCCGUGAGAGAUAACGGACAGUCCUCUCUCUCAGCCACGUGCGCAUUGUAUUUACUUAUAUCAGAUAACUUGGCUGAAGUUCCAGAACUGAAAGACAUGUCUCGUGACGAGAGCAGCUCCAAACUGACGUUUUAUUUGAUCAUCGCGCUGGUGUCCGUUUCCACUUUCUUCCUGACCUUCAUCAUCAUCAUCCUGGCCGUGAGGUUUUGUCGCAGGAGAAAACCCAGACUGUUGUUUGAUGGAGCUGUAGCCAUUCCCAGCGCGUAUCUGCCUCCAAAUUACGCAGAUGUGGAGGGCGCGGGAACUCUCCGCAGCACUUACAAUUAUGACGCAUACCUGACCACGGGCUCGCGCACUAGUGACUUCAAGUUCGUCAGAUCUUAUAAUGAGGGCACACUGACUGCUGACCUGACUCUGAAAAAGACUCAAUCCGCUGUGGAUGAUCUUGAAGGACUCGAUGCGGAAAUUAGCGCUUCGUUUCAGGCACAAUGAAUGAUAUUAAGGGCAGGUGCGCCACAUUGGGGGAAGAUGCAAAGAAAAAAUACAUUCAAGAGGCAGCAGCACUGAGGGCACAUGAGAUGGAGGCAAUUUGUGCUGUGUCUGCCGCAUCCAUUUUUAUGAUAAGAAGAAGAAUGCAAGAAAGAAGUGGCAUUCAUGGUCUCAGUGCACAGUGUGCCAAUCAUGGUCACACACAGCAUGUGGCUUUAAAAAGAACAAGUGCGUACACUGCCAGUGUCAAGACACCAUGCUAACACCCUGAAGAUGUAUCUUGUUACUUGUUUGAGUUGUUUUUACUGUGUUGACGGCCCCCAACCCAUCCAUACAAACACACACACACAAUACAUACAUAUGCUGCAAAUUUAUUGUAAUGACCACACUUCACACGUAAGAAGAAAAUUGUGAUCUUUUUGUUAUUUUCAUUCACCCCAUUUUUAUUUAUUAUUGUUGUUUGUUGGCACCAUCAAUGUGUUCUCCUUUAUACAGGACUUAUGUGGGGAACAAUAAAGUUAUAUUGUACUGAA